UCACACGAAGGCCAUCUAAAUGUGUAUGUCCAUGUAGUUAAAAAGGUGUUUAAAAACCUUUGGAGACCCUCUUCUUCGAAAAUGCCCGGUUUGCGAGAAGCAGGGCUGGUGGGAGCUGCCGUAGUAACCGGAGGAGUUGCCUAUCUUGCCUGGAGUUUCGUGUUUGCAACUAAGAACAACGAACCAAAGAAAGUGGUGCAAGAUACGAAUAAAGAAAAGAAAGACGCAAAUAAAGACAAGCAAGAAGAGCCCAUUGAAGAAGAGAUAAGGACAGAAACCGCCCAAAAAGUCUCCACUGUAUCAGAGUCCAAACCUGCGGCUAACCAGAUUCUGGUAUUGGGACUGGAUGGUGCAGGGAAAACCAGUUUGCUGCACUGUUUUGCUACCGGGAGUGUGGAACAAGAUGUGACCCCGACACAGGGGUUCAAUGCUGUAUCCAUCAACAAAGAAGAUCUGCAGAUAGAGUUUUUGGAAAUUGGUGGCACAGAGAAUUUAAGGGAGUACUGGCAAAAAUACCUGUGUAAAGCUCUGAUGCUGGUGUUUGUGGUGGAUUCGUCAGACGCGGAGAAAUUCCCCCUGGCUAAAGCUCACUUACACCAGCUGCUCUCUGGUGACCCCCACCUGCCACUGGUUGUUCUGGCCAACAAACAGGAUCUGCCUGGAGCAUGCGGUAUCACAGACAUCCAUGAGGCCUUGAGUCUGGCCAGUGUGGGUGAAGAGCGUAAACUGUUCCUUAUCAGCACGCACGUGAAGAAGGGUGACACUAAACUCAGCUCCGGAGUCGAGGAUGCGCGAGAUUUGAUCCUCCAGAUGGUGUCUGACAGCAGAUAAAACGGAACUACUUACCUUGAAGAUGUUACAUUUAAAAUGCUUCAAAAGCUAAACUUCUGUUUGGGUACUUAUUUUUUGAGCGUGUCUAGUUUUUGAUGGUCUUGUGUGAGAUUAAUAAGUUACACAUCACGUAAAUGGUUUGUGUCAUAUGACUCUCUUUCAUUUCUAAUGAGCAGUCUUGUAAAUCCAGCUCU